AUGAGCCACCACCAACACCUGUGCGAGCCGCUCCCCAACGCCGCAUCCAAGCACAGUCGCCCGUCGCCGCGCCGUGACGGAGCCGGCGCCGCUAGCCAUAAAGACCCUGUCCACCCCAGUUCGAGCCGCAAGUUCCGCGGCCUCAGGAGGAGUUUCCGACGCGGACGAGAGCAGCGACAGACACACCAACACCCUAAUAGCGCAGAGAAUACGCCAAGAAACACACUUUCACAGCAAAAACAACCCUCCGGGCCUCCCCAGACUGCGGGCCUGCCAUUGAGUCCUGGCAGAGGGCGGCAUGAAAGGUCCUUUGCCUGGCCGAGAAUGCCCAAGGAAGAAGGCCAAACAAGAGAAGACUUAUCAGAUGGACCGAGGUAUAAGCCAGGUGAAUGGCAAUCCGGGACACAGGAUUCAGCGAAGGACACCCCUGCGCCGGGCCGGGAGGAGAGAAUACCCGCGAACUUUUCGAGAAAGCCAAGCAGUGUCGAUAGUAUCCAUGGUUAUAGCCCAUCGAAAGUAUCGACUAUAUCGACCGGCUCGCGGUUCGUGCCUUUUGCCAUUGACGAAUCGUUGAGCUGGAGCUCGGCGUCCCCAAGCAUGACGGCCAUGCCAUCGCCGGCAAUGAGGAAAUAUAGCACGACAGGAGGAGAACACGGAAGUCUUCAGCUACUUCCAUCGACGGUGUACAAGCCAGAUCAGGGUACCGUCGGGGACGUUGAUUGCAAGGGUGUUACAACAAUGUUCGUAUCUCAGCGGUUAUCUAGGCCAUUUUCCACAAUCCUGGAAGCGCCGCAUGAGGAGGACAAGCAGGAUCACCAAGCAGCUUGGGAGGACGUGCCUGAGCGUACACCUGAGCUCAUCCCGGAUACAGGCACAACAUGGACGACGCAUCGCGGGUCAGACUCUUCUCAGGAACCAUUCGAGUCGUUCUGGCUAGACAACCCCCAGGACGCACCCGAAGAACCAGCAAUCAAGGGAAAUGCUGACGCGAAGGUAGUUGGCCAACAGCAGUCUCUCGAUUCGAAGGAUCUGCCCCCGACGCCAGGGCUCGAAUGUCCUGGCUGUAGAAUAGGCGGUACGACCCCCAAAUCAUCCAGCUGGGAUACGCCGAGGCAAGAGCACCAGGGUUCUCUCCACUAUCCAGAGGAAAAAGAGAGUGGUUUUUGCAAUGCAUGUCGCCUCGGAAGCCUGUUGCCUGAUAAUAUCAGCCGUUUCACCAUGCUGAUCUCGCCGACGACACCAGCGCAUGACACACCGCAUAUGCUGGCGCCGAUUAUACACAAAGCAGCCGAGGCGACGAGUAAAGACACAGGACACGCCAGGAGAACGCCGCUCGACAGCAAGUUCAGACUAGGUGUGCCGUCCGAGAGCAAUUUGGCGAGUCGAAGACAGGCCGACGUGAAUGUGGAUGCACCUCCGGUUCCCCUCGCUUCUGCCUCGUCAUCAACACGAAGGAAACCCAGUUUGGGCCAUGUGGCUGAGUGCUUGCCGCCUUCGCACCUGGCAGAACAGUCAAGCAAGCCGCCCGAGAAGCCGGCUGUCCAGGAUAAGAGCAAAUCCCCCAGCCAAGAAGAGGGCGCAAUAUACAGAAUCAGUAGAUCGAGCAAAAGCGAUAACAGGCCAAAACCUCCCCGCCUGUCGACACUGAUCGGAGAGCGCAGCCUUUCCAGAUCUAACGCCCAAAAUAAGGGCCACCCCUUCAAUAGUGUCAUCGGUAUGGUGAGCGCAGCGAUAGAAGACUGGGAGGCGGACCUCCUCAAAGAGUACGGGGCUGAGACGCCUUUGGAGCCAGCGCCCUUGACGCCAAUAACUCCCCUAAUGAUAGAGACGCCGAGGACCAAGAUAUACAAUCUCUGUAAACGAGAUAAUGGCGACUUCUAG